AUCGUGCCCUGCAUGAACAAGCACGGCAUCUGCGUGGUGGACGACUUCCUGGGCAAGGAGACCGGGCAGCAGGUGGGCGAGGAGGUGCGCGCCCUGCACGACACGGGCAAGUUCACGGACGGCCAGCUGGUCAGCCAGAAGAGCGACUCGUCCAAGGACAUCCGGGGCGACCAGAUCACCUGGAUCGAGGGCAAGGAGCCCGGCUGCGAGACCAUCGGGCUGCUCAUGAGUCGCAUGGACGACCUGAUCCGCCACUGUAACGGGAAGCUGGGCAACUACAAAAUCAAUGGCCGGACGAAAGCCAUGGUUGCUUGUUACCCAGGCAAUGGGACGGGAUAUGUGCGUCAUGUUGAUAAUCCCAACGGAGAUGGAAGAUGUGUGACAUGUAUAUAUUAUCUUAAUAAAGACUGGGACGCCAAGGUAAGUGGAGGUAUACUUCGAAUUUUUCCAGAAGGCAAAGCCCAGUUUGCUGACAUUGAACCCAAAUUUGAUAGACUGCUGUUUUUCUGGUCUGACCGCCGCAACCCUCAUGAAGUACAACCAGCAUUUGCUACAAGGUACGCAAUAACUGUUUGGUAUUUUGAUGCAGAUGAGAGAGCCCGAGCUAAAGUAAAAUAUCAAACAGGUGAAAAAGGUGUGAGGGUUGAACUAAAUAAACCUUCUGAUUCGAUCAGUAAAGACGUCUUAUAGAGAGACUGAUCCAGCAAUACCCUCCUUCACCUCCAGUGACUGUUGGCGCUUUGUUAACUUGUGACUACAAGUGAAUGGGAUAAAGAAAUAGACAACCAGUUGGCAUUUUAAUAAGGAAACGGAAACAACCUUUUGGUGACGCAUCGGGAAGAAGAUUUGACCGUGAGGCUUUGUACUGCAUGACUGACUCCACACCUGUGAUCGCUGAUGGAAGAGUAGAAGCUAUCAGCUGAGAAUGGUCUCUUCCCCUGGACAUGAUAAGUGCCCUCGGUAGCAGUGUUUCAUUCAUACAUUUUGUCAGAUCUGCCAUCUAGCUGAGUUCAUUUCAUCUCCCUUUUUUAUAUAGUCAAGUUUGAAUUUGGAGUAAUUUUUGUAUGAUCAGGUACAAUUUAUCAAAACUGAAUUGAGAAAAAAUGACAGCAUUGUCCCCCAAAAUAGCAUCAAUCUAUUUUUGUAAACCUCUUCGUACUAUUAAAUUUUGCCCUAAAAGACCUCUUAUAAUGAUUUCUGCCAGUGACUGACAAUUACUUUUCUUUUUACUUACAAGAAGGAGCACUUUAAUUACCAGCUGAAAAAUCGGAUUUUUGGUAGUCCUGUCUUACACUAAUUUGAACUCUUAAACAUGGCUUCUGUUGUUUUUGUUGACAUUGUUAAUAAUGAAACAUAACAGUAAAACCAUCACCAUUUACUACCAAUAACUUAGUUCUGAAUGUUUUCUAAGAAAAAAUACACAGCAAGAAAAAUACAGGUUUAUAUUUUAAGUUAAAUAUUUUUUUUAAAAAGCUACAGUGACUGGCACUACGUGAACUUGAGGGUAUCUUCAGCCUCAAGUUCCCGGGAUAAAGGGCUUUCCUAAGCUCUCAGGGGUGUCCUGGAGCAGCGGUCGCCAGCCUUUCCGACCUCAAGGACCACCAGGUCCGCGGCCCGCCCGUUGGCCACGCUGCUGUAGGUAGAAGAGCCCCUCCUAAGGCUUUUCCUUGGGCUUCCCAUUGGUUGGUUGCAUGUUGAGCUUUGCUAUUACGUUUUCCUGUUCCUACAACCCCCCCUCCCCCCGACCUGCAGGUCAGAACCUGGUUCCCGUUGGGUAGCCUCUAGGGGAGGCUGUGCUUCGAAACUGACUUGUCACAGAGGGGAUGUUGGUGACACCUCAGGCCGCUGCUGAGGGGGAGGGGGUCCCCACCGUGAGGCUGGCCUCUUGAUCAGCACCAAAAGGUGUGUGGCUCGCGUGGAAAAUCAAAAGAAGAGAACAACAAGAUCAUUUCAUGUGUGAGAUUUCCUUUUUACUUUUCAGAAAAAGAGGGAAUGUUCCGACAUCACACAAGGCCUCCCAGACUUGGCCACAUAAUGUAUGAACCGGAACGGGUGUCCUAGGCAAAGCCCACAGGGUGGCACCGUAUCCUGCACAGAUUAUGGGUGGAAGGCCCACUAAGGUUUCCUAUCUCUGUCCUUGAUCUUCUUGGCCAAAACAAUGUGAGUGUACAGAAAUACUUCUGUAUAUUUCCGCUGACAACAGUUUUAAGCAUUUGUAUUGUUUGUAUUCACUUAGAGGAUUUUCUAGGGAAAGCUCAGUAAUUUUUUUAAAAGAUCAAUAUUGUUCAUGUAAAACAUGAAAAAAAAUGUAGUGAAACCAACAGUGCGGAUUUAGGGUGGGACUGAUACUCAGUGUUGCGGCCUCACUGCGGGGAACUGCAGGACAAAGCUGCAGUUUAUGUCUUUUUCAUAGCCCGUGUUCAGUCUUGUCCCACUUCCUCUCCUCAUCCCGAUCAUGCAGUAACAUCUCCACAGCUAGUGCCUCUGCAGCCUGGCCUGGGGGCGUCCCAGCCAGCUGGUCUCCGCGUGUGCUGCCUUGUUAGGUGUCGAGCAGGUUGUGCUGUGUGGAGGGGAGGUCUGUCUGACUGUCAGGGCUCAGCAACAGCCUCCCAGCCUGGAAGCCCCGUGUCACGCUCUGAUGUCCGCCUGCAGCUCUGCUGGGUGGGCUGUGCUGCCAGGCAGAGCUGACCUUUUGUAGUUUGGGGAGGAGUUUAUGUAAUCCCUUGGAGGUCAUUGUGAAAGGAUCAAGAACCAGAAUAGCCAUUUCUUUAAUGUCCAUUUAAAGUCUGCUCGUUUCUUGUUAGUGGGGUCGUUACAUUGUCACCAAGCAGGACUCUUGUUCAAAACAAAAUUUACAAUUAUUUGUGGCCUCGAUGUGUUCAAUCCUGGUUAAAGACAAAGCUGCUAAUGCUGUUUUAAUUCAGCACAUUAACCAGCUGUAAAACACAGACCUUUAUAAACAGGCACAGAAUCUCAGGAGUCGUACAUAGACCGUGCAAAGUCAUGUAAUGUGAAAAGCAGUGUUGCAUCAUGAAAGAGCGCCCACGCUGCUUGUAAAGCUGAUCUAAUUAAAGUGAUGUGUAAACGUUCCUGG